GGAACAUCAGACAAUUCCUUGUGGAACUGUUGAACAAGAACUGUAAUCAUGGAUCAUCACUUAGGAACUUCGUUCUCCUCUUGGAAGUUCCAACACUUAUUAUCUUUAUAAAACACCAUUAUUAAUCACUGAACCUUGCAGACAUAAAACUUGCAGACAUAAAACUUAUAAACCUUGUUAGUUACUACUUUAGUUUGUCAUCAUCAAAACUCAUAGUGGCUCAACACAUAGCGUGCAUAUAAGGCUAGUUUGUUUAACGGAUAACAUAACGGAGGAAUAUAUAUAAAACAAAAAGAAAAAAAAUAAAGAAUCUAAAGUAACGGUUACGUCGAGACAAAAUAAUUCCUAGAAUUUUGUCAAAUUCAUAUCAAUUUUGAGGGUUCCCUUUUGGCUUUUGUUCAUCCCUCGUACCAUGACUUCACAUGGACAGCAAAGUUCUCUCUGAAUUUGAUUUUAUAUUUUUGUUGUUUCUCUUAGCUGUUUUCAUUAAGGAUAUUUUUUAUUAUUGAACCAUGACCUGGGGUUUAAAAAACCUUAAAAUCCUUAACUAUCAAUUGUCUUCACACAACCACCUAAUGGACUUUGUUUAAGAAUGUGUUUGUUUGACUGAUGAAGACUCUUCAGUUCAUUUUAGUUCAGACAAAUUUUGUUCAAUUUAGUUCACACAAAUUAUGUUCAGUUCAGUUUCUUUUCUCAGUUUUCAUUCAAAACUGUUCAUUUCAUUUUAGUUCAGUUUAAUUUAGACAAAUUCAAUUCAGUUCAAUUAUGUUCAAACGAACCGAUCUUAACUGAAGUCAACCCCCGAAAUGCUUAUUUUUUUUUCAAGGUUUUAGAUGUUAAUUUAGGAUAGAUUUUACUAAAUAAAUCAAUCUCAAGUCUCAACCCCUAAUUUCAAGGUUUUAGAUACUUUUAAACGGUUUAAAAGUUAACUAGCAGUCGUUUAUUGAAUUAAAGUGAUUAAAAUGUACAUUCAUAAAAUUAUGUGCACCUAAGAAAAUCAUUUCUGACAUUUGUGUUAAGGGGUGAGUGUGGGAAGACAGUUUUUUUUUUUUUUUGAAUAGAGGGAAGAGUAGAAGACCGUUGAUAGUUAUGUGAUAUGUGAUAUGUGAUAUGUGAUAUGUGAUAUGUGAUAUGUUUGGGUUUUUUUUUAGAUAAGGGUGGUUUAAAGAAUAUAUACACUGACACUAUUUAAUUAGAGAGGAUUUCAAUGAGAAAUUAUGUUUUAGAUGUAAGAUCACUUGGAAGUGGGUGUUGUUAUCCCAUGUGCAAACCUUGAAGAAGACUAGCUAACAGAUUAAUUUAAUAAUCUAUCUUAAUUGGAUAAUAAAUGUAUAUAUUACUCUCAAAUUCAACUUUCACUCUGAUAUGCAUACGUCUGUUGCUUAAAUUACCAAGAAAAGCACAAUGAUGUAAGUAAACAAUCCUGGAAAAUAUUAUGUGCUUUCUUUUAUUAUGUUGAAUAAGUCCGACCAUCUUCUGUAAUCUGUACGAUUUUGAUUAUAAUGUGAACAUGUUUCCUAUUCUUUUGUUGUUGUUGUUGUUGUUGUUAUUUUGCUGUUGUCAUUGUUGCUGUUGUUGUUGUUGUUGUUGCUGUUGUUGUUGUCGUCGUCGUUGUCAUUGUUCUGUAGUUUUAGAGGAGAUUGUAGUUGUCUUAUUGACCUCGGAAAGUUGACAAACACUAUCUGUUUUUUAUUAUUCACUUGCUGUCAAUGAGAAGUAUAUGAGAGGAAGUCAUUGACAUUCUAUGGAGAUUUGGACUGUGUCUUAUUGCUCGUGGGAACACAUUUUCUUGGGAUGUUGAAGGGUCUUGGACUUGUGUUUCUUAAGAGGGUGAUAUGAAGGUUUUUCACUAGAGGAUACUCUUCAUUUGUUGCAAAAACCAUAUUCAGAGCGUUUUUUUAGGCAUCGAAUGAUGGGUCUUAGAAUUUUGCUAGUUGUUGGAUUCUUUUGCAUCUAUGUUGGAAACAUAGCAGCACAGACAAAUAGUCGGGAUCGUAAGUCUGCAUGACAGUUAAUUGUCAUAAUAUUGGUUCUUUCCUUUUGUUUUUUUGAGAAUUUAUUUGUUGCAAUCAUGGUAUAUUAUUGCUCCUUGAUUUCUCAUCAUCUUCUACAAGUUUUGUCCUUAGGAGUUUGAUGGUUUCCUGUUUUGAAUAAGAGCUAUUUAUAAAAUUAGAAUGUCGAAACUUAUUGCUCCUAUGCUAUCUUAAGCAUGAACAAUUGAAGAAAAUCGAUUUUCAUUCCGAAGGAAAUCAUCUACUGUUAGGAGUCUUAUUCCUAUUGUCUUAUAGAUAGAUAUUAUUAUGCCUAGUUUGCAUAGCAUCAGGACUCCGUCCUCUAGAUUGUAUAAAUAGGUUUGAUGAUGAAUGAGAACACAACACAACUUGACCAAAUCUUAACAUCUACACCAGAGUAGUGCUGUGUCAGAGACUGAUUUAUUCUUAGCUAUGGGUGAUGAGAUGAAGAAACAGAAGGCAUCAUGAUAGUAUUAAAGAGAGGGGUCUAGACUCUACACAAUGUAAUAAUAUUGCAUAAUAGAUUUUAUUAGUGUUAUAUGGCAAUUUGGCUAUGUUGAUAUUGAUUAUUUUCUAGCCACAUUCCUUAAUCUACCCACUGUUUUAGGCAAGGGAACAUUGAUCUUCUUUUGAUGGCAGAAAAUUGCAUGUGGCAGACCAUUGAUGAGAAGCUAAUCGCUCACGAAUAUUAUAUGCUGCUUUGGUGGCGCUCACAACAGACUGGGAGAAUUUACCACCAAGCUGGACUGGUCAAAAUUCUUGUACCAGUUGGGAAGGAAUCACAUGUGACGCCAACGGUACUCGUAUUAUUGCCAUAACAUUAGCAAGUAUGCAAUUGUCGGGUCAGCUGACUGGAGACCUUGUUUUUUUAUCUGAACUCCAGAUUCUGGAUUUAUCUUACAAUAGAGGGCUUACGGGUUCUCUUCCUGGAGAUAUUGGACAACUGUCAAGACUUACAAACUUAAUCCUUCUUGGUUGUAGUUUAUCUGGGAGAAUUCCUGAUUCAAUAGGAUUGCUUCAGCAGCUUGUAUCUCUAUCUCUGAAUUCAAACAGAUUUAGCGGACCAGUGCCUGCUUCUAUCGGUAACUUGACUAAUCUUUUUUGGCUGGAUCUAACUGAUAACCGGCUCACUGGAAGCAUUCCUGUCUCCAGUGGUGACACACCUGGACUCGAUUUGCUAGUUAACACCAGACACUUUCACUUUGGAAUGAAUCAACUCUCUGGAACAAUUCCGCCAAGUCUUUUUAGCUCUGACUUGAAUGUAAUACAUGUGAUUUUCGACAACAACAACCUUACUGGUAACAUCCCGUCAACAUUGGGUCUUGUGACAACGCUGGAGGCACUUCGUUUGGAUAGGAAUUCAUUGGAUGGGGAUCUUCCAGCCAAUCUCAACAACCUUACCAAUGUCCACGAGCUAGUACUUUCCAACAAUAAUUUGAGUGGUCCGUUGCCUGAUCUCACCAGCAUGAGCAAUCUCAUUUAUGUUGACUUGAGCAAUAACAGCUUUGCAGCUACAGAAGUUCCCGAAUGGUUUUCAACCUUACAGGCCCUGACAACUUUAAUGAUGGAACGGACAGGACUUGUAGGACAAAUUCCAGCCGAAUUCUUUGGCAUCCCUCAAUUGCAGACAGUAUUAUUGCAGCAUAAUCGGCUCAAUGGUACUUUAGACAUUGGCAGCAGCUACAGCAGACAAAUGCAGCUAAUUGAUCUACAAAACAAUUCCAUCAGAUCCUUCACAGUAGAUUCUGAAUACAAUUUCACAUUGAUGGGCGCUGGUAAUCCGUUUUGUCAGGAUACUCAGGUAACAUUACCUUACUGCAACAACCAGCAGGAGCUUGGUUCCUCGUAUUCAACACCAGUAUUUUGUACUCCUCGCCGUUGUACCUCCACCCAAACUUCCAGUCCUAACUGCAGAUGUGCAUAUCCCUACACUGGAACUUUACGCUUUCUAGUUCCUUCUGUCUCAGCCUUUGGGAAUGCCAAUUACUUCAUAAAUCUCCAGCUGCACAUAUUACAAAGGCUUGUGAAUUUAACGCUUCCAGUGGAAUCCAUCUCACUGAGUGACGUAAAUAUGAACUCUGAUGGUUAUCUUAACAUGCAUCUGGCAAUCUUUCCUGCUGAGCAAGAUCAUUUCAACAGAACAGGAGUUUUCUCACUUGGGUUAGUGUUCAGCAACCAGAUAUACAAGCCACCAACGGAGUAUGGUCCCUAUUAUUUUAUUGCUAAUAGCUACACUGAAUUUGGAGGAAACGACAAUAAAUCUCGUAUCGGUAUCAUUAUUGGUGCUGUCGUAGGGGGUAUUGUUCUAUUGCUGCUUUUAGUAGGUGCAGGAGGUUAUGCAUUUUAUCAAAAGAAGAAAGCUGAAAAGGCAAAGCAGCAAGCCAAUCCAUUUGGAUCAUGGGACACACAAGGAACUGGUGGUGACGUACCUCAGCUAAAAGGAGCCAGGUUUUUCACAUUUCAGGAGCUUCAGAAAUGUACCAAUAACUUUUCAGAAACCAACAACAUUGGGUCCGGGGGAUAUGGGAAGGUUUACAAAGGAACUCUUGUUGAUGGGCAGAUUAUUGCUAUUAAAAGAUCUCAGAAAGGAUCAAUGCAGGGUAUUCGAGAGUUUAAAAAUGAGAUAGAACUUUUGACAAGGGUUCAUCACAAGAACCUUGUAAAACUCAUUGGAUUUUGUUUUGAUCAAGAAGAACAGAUACUGGUCUAUGAAUUCAUUUCCAAUGGUACACUAAUGGACAGUCUUUCAGGGAAAUCAGGCAUACAAUUAGACUGGAUGAGACGACUGAUGGUAACCCUUGGCUCAGCUCGGGGUUUGCAAUAUCUGCAUGAGCUUGCUGAUCCACCUAUCAUACACAGAGAUAUUAAAUCAAACAACAUCCUCCUAGACGAGCAUUUAGUUGCAAAAGUUACUGACUUUGGCCUCUCCAAGCUUUUCGGUGACAGCAAAAAGGGUUAUGUUAGUACCCAAGUCAAAGGAACAAUGGGAUACCUCGAUCCUGAAUAUUUCAUGACCAAUCAGUUGACAGAGAAAAGUGAUAUAUAUAGCUUUGGGGUUGUUAUGCUGGAAAUGGCGACAGCAAGAAGACCAAUACAACAAGGAACAUACAUAGUCAAAGUGGUGAAAGAAAAAAUUGGCAGGACUAGGCAUUUAUACAACCUUACUGAAAUAAUGGACCCUGUGCUGCUAUCAUCUGAAACCAUGCUUGUUGGUUUUGAAAAGUUUGUAGAUUUGGCAUUGAAGUGUGUAGAAGACGUACGAGCUAAUAGGCCUACAAUGGGUGAAGUGGUAAAGGAAAUCGAGAACAUUGUUCUACUAGCAGGAAUGAACCCAAAUGCAGAUUCUGCAUCAGUCUCACAAAGUUAUGAAGGAGCAAGUGGAGACACUUUUGGAGAUCUCUAUGCUAAUUAUGCACUUUCUCGAUAGACGCUAGAGUUAUUACACUUGCAGGAGAUAUAAGUUCAAGACUUGUACAUACACUUUCUGAUGUUUGGUAUGAGGAACUUUUUUUUUGUGGUUUUAA